AGGCGCAUUUAAUUUUGAAUCAUAUCGAGCCAUACACUCCACCAAUUACAUUGCCCACAUGCAUGUACGUCAUAAAGACGUCACAAAAAACGCACCGCUCGCACCACAGCCAUUCACUCAUACACUUAUUCAUUCCAAUUUUUGUACAUGCGCCGACAUUACGCGCACAUUGUAAAAAGGAAUUAUAAACCAGUUUUCUAAAUACCGAAUUUUUCUUUUGUUCAUCGCGAACAAAAAUUGGCGACCGUGACAGGACACACAAAAUCAAGUUCUCGAGUCACAAGUUACUACAACAUUCGAGUUCGCAAGUUAAAGGAAGAAGGACACUUAAAGGUCACUGCCACGUGUGUUCAUCGACGCCCCUAAAUUGCCUAACUCCAAUGAGCAGCAGCAAGUCUAUGGUGUUUAGUGAACUCUGUGCAGCCAAAUCGUCCAUUGUCAAGCCGUUACAACGCAAACAAUCAACUACCAGAAGUCUCAAGUCUAAGCAACAGUCACGCGGCGUGCCGGUUGAACAAGUUUUUUUCCCCAGCAUCACAGCAUCGCUUGUCAGUCUGCCUAAAAGUGAGCCCGUUCCUAUUAUUUUCCUAGUCUAAUCCAUUUCAAUUAGUGCAACUGGUGACAGCAAAACUCUCAAAAGGCGUACCGGUACUGCGCAGCGUGGCGCGGCGCAGCGCGGCGCGUGCCCAGCUAUCAUCGCGUGACGUCAUCUAUUGUCUUCGCCACUACCUGAGCUCCCAGCGGUCGACCGCCGGGCGUCCGAUCAUCUGGUUUCAACCGGUUCAUCGACCGCUUGCCGUAAUCAAGAUAAGUGAGGAGCGUACCGUAUUGUUAAUUCUUUAUUUAAAUCACUUAAUCGAUUAACCUUAACCUACUAGACAAGAUAUCUUCAUCUAAUGGAGCCUAAAAACGAUGAUACAAAACUUUUAAAGGAUCUUAUAGUUAAACGCAGCAAUCUAAAAGGACGUUUAACAAGGUUUAAAAAUUUUAUAGAUGAAAUUCAAAGGCUAGAUAGCUUGUCUGACUUAGAUGUACGGAAGAUUGAGAUGAAGUUAUCUAGAUCCGAGGUUUUAUACAAGGAAUUCGAUGAGUUGCAGGCACAAUUCGAGUCCCUGCGGGUUGUCUCUUUAGAGUCCGAAUUAGCUUUGUGUGAAGCAAUCGAACAGGAUUUUGAUCACUAUAUUUCUCUUGCCAAAACUAUUUUAGCAAGUCAUCCAUCACCUAAUCAUAACGAAUCUACUUGUUCUAAUACAAUUGAAAAUAUCUCUUGCUGCGGUGAUGGUCAGGGUUUCAUGGGAUUUAAACUACCUGUUAUUAAAAUAUCAAACUUUAAUGGGACGUAUUAUAAGUGGCUUGAAUUCAAGGAAACUUUUAAUUCUUUAAUUCACAACAAUAAUAAAAUUAAAAAUAUUUAUAAGUUCCAUUAUCUCAAUUCAUACUUGGAUGGGGAAGCCGCUCGCGUCAUUAGUAAUUUAGAAGUUACUGAGAAAAACUAUAUUGCAGCCUGGAAACUCUUGUGCGAACGCUAUGAUAAUAAGCGUCAACUAAUCAAUACUCAUGUAAAAUCUCUAUUUACCUUCGAAACCGUACGAGAGACCGAUAAGUCACUACGUUUUAUUAUAGAUCAUGUAACUAAGAACUUGCGGGCUCUCGGUACGCUUGGACUACCCACAGACAAGUGGGACGUUUUGAUUAUUCAUAUGGUCACAGCAAAAUUAGACAAUAGUACAAUAUAUAAAUGGGAGGAACAUAAAAAUACAUUGUCAGAAAUUCCUACUCUAGAAGAAUUUUUUGCAUUUUUGAAAGGCCGUGCAGAUGUAUUAGAAACCGUUAGUCGUGGCAAACAAGAUAAGAGCAACAAUUGUAGACAAGUUGCUCCGACUAGCUCAAAUAAAAUCCAAGGGAAGACCUUCAUGUCUACAUCUAAUAAUAAAUCGUCUUCUUCCAAACGUAACUAUGAAUGCGUUGUGUGCAAGGGAAAUCAUCGCUUGUUUGAAUGCGCUACUUUCAAGGCUAAGACGCCUGAAGACAGGCAACUUACUGUAGCAUCACUGCGUUUGUGCGUCAAUUGUUUGAGAGCCGGUCAUGAUGUUGAAAGGUGUAAUCUCCCAGGGCACUGUCGUUCUUGCAAAAAACGCCACAAUACUUUACUGCACGUUUCUGUUACGCCUGAAUCAGAAGUAUCAGUGGAACAAGCAUCUAUCGUUAUGUCCACCUUAUCUAAUUCACUUCAAGUCUUACUGUGUACCGCUAGUGUAUACGUGUCAAAUCCCAUAACUAAUGAAACUGCUAAGGUUCGUGCUUUGCUUGAUAGUGGAAGCCAGUGUUCCUUCAUAACAGAGUCACUAAAGCUUCGACUCAAUCUAUGUACAGAACCGUCUAGUAUUGACGUAUAUGCAAUUGGCAAUACCCAACUUAACCUAAAUACAAAACGAUGUAAGAUACGCUUACAGUCUAGUGAUAGCUUAUUUACCGUCACAAUGUUUUGUCUUACACUGCCCAAAAUAUCAGAUAAUAUACCUAAAUUACCACUUAAAUUAAAAGGCCUAAAUUUAUCUAACUUUAAUUUAGCGGAUCCUAAUUUCCAUGAAUCAUCCCCUAUAGAUAUGCUGAUUGGCGCUGAUUUAUUUUGGGAAGUAAUAGGUUCCCAACAACAUUCCCUUAGUAACAAGGGACUUAUACUACGGAGCUCUAAGUUCGGAUGGCUUGUUGGAGGCUCUAUGUUUGUCCAAUGCGGCCCAAAAUUACCUAAUAAAGCUAUACGCUCCUGUCAUGCUUACCUUAAAGAAAAUUACAAUGAAUUGCCUGACUUAGAACACCAGGUGGCAAAAUUUUGGCAAUUAGAAAAUUUCCCACAAGCUACAUCUUACACAAGAGAAGAAAGCCUUUGUGAAAGGCAUUUUAUUACCACUACGACUCGUUUCGAUAACGGUCGCUUUUGUGUAGGUCUACCGCUUCGAGAUGAUCGUGAGUGCUUAGGUGACUCAUAUCAGUUAGCCAAGAAAAGGUUUUUUAAUUUAGAAUCACGCUUUAAAAAACAACCAAAACUAAAAGAAGCCUAUACAGAAUUUAUUCAUGAAUAUGCUGCUCUCGGCCAUCUAUCAGAAUCGUGUGAACAAAGGCCUGUAAACGCAUAUUUUCUACCCCAUCAUCCUGUUAUUAAGGAAAAAAGCGAGUCGACUAAGUUGCGAGUUGUUUUCGACGCUUCGGCUCGCACUACCUCUGGUCUGUCGAUUAAUGACCUGCAAAUGGUAGGCCCUACCAUACAAGACCCUUUAUUUAACAUUCUAUUAAGAUUCCGUCUUUACAAGUACAUCCUAUCUGGUGAUGUAGAGAAGAUGUUCCGCCAAGUAACCAUGAGAGAUACCGAUCGUGACCUUCAAUUAAUUCUAUGGCGUGAUAGCGAAAACAAACCUUUACGCACUUUGCGGCUAAAUACUGUAACAUAUGGAUUUUCUUCUGCAAGUUUUCUUACCACUAGGUGUAUUUGGCAAUUAGGAGAAGAAUGUUCAGAUCCUAAGAUAAAAACUAUUAUUCAGAACGAUACGUAUUGUGAUGAUCUUUUGACGGGUAGUGAUUCCCCACAAGAGCUACGAUACAUUCAACGCUCUGUCUCUGACGAGUUAGCUAAGGGUUGUUUUCAUUUAAGAAAAUAUAGGUCUAAUCUGCCUAGUCUUUUUACAGAUUCUUAUGACAUUGAGCAGGGUUGUUUAACUAUCAGCCAUGCCUCGAGUACAUUAGGUAUUGGCUGGUGUCCUACUUCAGACGAGUUACAUUUUCCAUUUCAAUCAUCAAAUUUAACACUGAUAACCAAAAGAUCUAUUCUUUCUUCUAUCAGUAAAAUAUUCGAUCCAUUAGGACUACUAUCGUUAUAUACUAUUAAAUUUAAAAUUGUUUUGCAAAGGUUAUGGGUUCUAAAAUUAGGUUGGGAUGAACCAGUGCCUAAUGACAUCCACAAUCUUUGGAAAACGUUUUGUCAAAAAAUUACUUACUUAUCAGAGCUUAAAAUUCCUAGAUUAACUUUAAUUAACAAUAAUGUUCUAAUUGAAAUGCAUUGUUUUUGUGAUGCUUCCCAACAAGCUUAUGGAGUAUGUAUAUACCUAAGGUCCAUUGAUUCAAAGGGAUCCAUUCAAGUACAUUUAUUAUGUGCCAAGGCACGUGUAGCGCCUAUUAAGGCUACCACUAUUCCUAGGCUAGAGCUAUGUGCUGCUACUUUAGGUGCACAGUUAAGCUCAGCAGUAGUAAGGACUUUACGACGUCCCAUUGAUCGUCAUAUUUAUUGGACGGACUCGCGUGUAGUUCUAGGAUGGAUUUUUACAUCCAAUAAAACAAAAACAUUUGUGGCCAAUCGUGUUGCAGCAAUAAAUGAACUUACAGAAUCUACAUCUUGGCGUUACGUGCCCACAAGUUUAAAUCCUGCAGAUCUCGCCUCACGAGGCGUGGAGCCACAAAAUAUAUCCUCCUCGCAUUCAUCUUUAUGGUGGCGUGGACCUCCAUUUCUUUCACAAUCGGAAUCUUCGUGGCCUUCGACGUCGAAGCAUAGUUUAUCUGAGCUCCCUGAACUAAAAUCAACUUCAGUUUUUGGGCUAGAAAUUACGCCUUCGGCAAAGGUAGUGGAUUUUUAUAAAUUUUCUAAAUUAUAUAAACUCCAACGAAUUUAUGCAACGGUACUAAGAUUUAUACACAAUUGUCAUAAAGGCAAAAAUAUGACGGGAGCUCUACAAGCUAAGGAACUCAAACAUUCUCUUAGCGUUCUUACGAAAAUUGCUCAAAAGGAAUCCUUUCCCGAGGAACUAAGUCGCUUACAAAAUAAGAAAACUCUACCAAUAAAGGCAGCGUUAACAUCCCUCAAUCCUUUUAUAGACUCAGAAGGAUUUCUUCGUGUAGGAGGCCGUAUACCUAGCUCGCAUUACUCCUACGAUAAAAGGCACCCUAUUUUACUAAAGUCCGCUCACCCAUUGACUAAGUUAAUAUUUCAAGCCGAACAUGAGCGCCUCUUACAUGCUGGACCCCAACAGCUGCUCGCAUCUCUUAGAGAUCGUUACUGGCCUAUCGGGGGCCGCCAAUUAGCUAGGAAUGUUGUUCGCAAUUGUUUUACAUGCCGCAGAUUUGGGGCACAAACUUUAUCUAAUAUGAUGGGCAACUUACCAAACGAUCGUGUAGAAAAUGACUUUCCUUUUAUUACUGUUGCCACUGAUUUUGCUGGACCAUUUCUAAUCACUGAUCGUAAGGGUAGGGGAUGCAAAAUAACAAAAUGUUAUUUAUGCAUUUUUGUAUGCUUCCGAUAUAAAUGCAUUCACCUUGAAGCCGUCAGUGAGCUCUCUAAGGAGGCAUUUAUAUUGACACUAAAAAGAUUCAUAUCUCGCAGAGGUAUACCUAAUGUAAUCUAUUGUGAUAAUGGGCGUAAUUUUGUGGCAACUGCCAAAGAAUUAACAAAAUUUUUACAAACUCACCGCGACUCGAUUUGUGAUUAUGCAGCUCGUCGAGGUAUCGAGUUUAAAUUCUCUCCCGCGUACGCUCCUCACUUUAAUGGAUUAGUAGAGGCCGGAGUGAAAUCGGCAAAAUUCCAUAUCAAGCGCGUUUUAGGAAAUGCACACCUAACUUUCGAAGAACUUUCGUCAUUGUUUGCACAAGUUGAGGCCAUCCUCAAUAGCCGACCCCUUUGUCCUCUCAGUCCGUCUCCGAACGAUCUCCAACCUCUCACUCCCGCUCACUUUUUAAUCGGCAGACCGCUGACAUCUCUACCAUCACCAAAUUUCAUGGAAUAUAAUACCAAUCGUCUUGACCGUUUCCAGCGUUUGGAGCAGACCAAACAACACUUCUGGCAGCGUUGGGCUAAAGAAUACGUUGUGGAGCUCCAGCAGCGCUCCAAGUGGCAGAUCAAAUGCAAGGAUUUGAAGCUUAACGAUCUUGUUAUAAUAAAGGAGGACAAUCAGCCCCCUCUAUGUUGGCGUUUAGGCCGCAUAGCCAAACUGUUUCCAGGGUCCGACGGAAUCCCUAGAGUCGCAGAUAUAUCUACAGCUCAAGGAGUAGUAAGGAGAGCUAUCAACCGUAUUUGCGUCUUACCGACUACACCAGAGGAGUCAAAUUGAAGAAGGAUAGAGUUGAAGGUUCAAGCUUCAACGGCGGGGAAGAUGUCGACGCCGGUAUUCCCUAAUGUCGACCGUAUCGCCUUUGCUUUAAGGCGCAUUUAAUUUUGAAUUAUAUCGAGCCAUACACUCCACCAAUUACAUUGCCCACAUGCAUGUACGUCAUAAAGACGUCACAAAAAACGCACCGCUCGCACCACAGCCAUUCACUCAUACACUUAUUCAUUCCAAUUUUUGUACAUGCGCCGACAUUACGCGCACAUUGUAAAAAGGAAUUAUAAACCAGUUUUCUAAA